UUCAAAUGGAUAAACUAAAGCUGCAAGCCGAUGCAUUGCGCAAGCUUCGAGAGCAUUAUGAACAGCAGCUGAAAUAUAUAAGCUUUGAGCUGUGCGAUCUACCAGAAGAUGUCGUAGCACUGCUUGGAAAAUGCUUAGAACUGCAAUGUGCCACACAGAUACAGGAUUUAAAUUUGAACUACCUGCGCGAGUACUAUUAUAUAAAAAAAAGGGAAGCUAUUGAUCGCAGGUUAAUUAUAUCUCAGAAAACAGCAGCGCUACAGAAACUUAAGCGUGAAAUUGACGAAAACGAACGAGAAGUCGCUGGAUUGGAGAGGUUCAUGGGCUCUGCUCAGAAGCGUGCCAGCGUGGACACCUUACGGCGCAACACUCUGGCAGCGGAGGGAAAAAUCCGUGAGCUGGAGGAACGCAACAAGGCUCUUAAGAUACCCGAUGACUUCGAUGUUGAGGCGCUAAUCGAGAAGGUUCAACUGCUGGAAAAAGGCAAGAAAUAGUCAUAAUGGUUUUAAUUGCAAGGCGUUCUGGUUUUAUUUUGUAAAAAAUGUUUUUAAAGAUAUAUUUUAUUUAAUCAUAAUGCAAAAAACAUGUACCAUAACAUAAAAUCAGCAAAUUUUAAAAUAUAAUGGAACAGAGUUGGGGAGUGCAUACAAA